GAUGGUUCGCGGCGGUCGCGGCCCGCGGCCGCACUCUUGUUGCUCGGCGUGUCCACGGACAAUUCGCGCGGAUGCGGCCAAAUUGGCUCUGCUGAAAAUCGGCCGUCAUCUCGGAGGUUAUAACGUGCAACACUCAAGACGAGCCCCCGUGCAAGAUGCGGAAGGUGGACGUGCUGCUCGGCCAAGAGGACGAAUUUCCCAAGGAGAUGCAUCCCAAGGUCCGCACUCCGGACAAACAGCCAGAGACUGAAUCUCCUGAGGAGAUGGAAUCUUCGAGCGGCAACAAGAAGGCUAAGGCCAAAUCUCCCGAGGAGAUGCACCCCACGAACGGCACUCCGGACAAAAAGGCUGAGACUGAAUCUCCUGAGGAAGUUGAUAUUUUGAACUGCUCUGCUGAGGAGCCUGCUAACUCAUCCACUGCUGUCACUGCCAGUCUGCCGGACACCCAGCACUCCCUCGACCAAGAGGAACAAGCAGGUCAAGCCCAAGGUCACCCAGCUGCCUUUCAGACCAAAACUCCAAUGCCUCUUGAGCUUUCUGUGAUUGCCACGAUGGGAUUGGAGGAAUUUAAAAUUUUGUUCGACAACCCGAUGGCUGCUUACUUUGCAGGACAGACCGUGUCUGGAAGGAUCGUCAUCAGAAAUGAAAAGCCGGAAAAAUAUCGAGCAAUCAUAUUGAAGUUGGCCGGAGAAGCAAAAUGUACAUGGAGUCAAGCUGCCGGUCAAAACUCGACUGUUCAAUACAUAGGCGACGAGACAUGUUUUGACCAAACAAUUAUCCUAGCAGGAGGAAUAAAUACCUCCGUCGACGCCGAAACGCUUGCUCCUGGCGAACACGAGUACACUUUCAGGCUCGAUCUUCCCCCUGAAAUCCCCUCGUCGUACGAGGGUGUUAUCGGGGCUGUCAGGUACUACGUCAGUGUCGUGGUGGAACGACCGUGGAAGUUCGACCACGUAAACAUUGCGUUCUUCACCGUCAUCGCCCUUGUGGACUUGAACUCCGAUCCACUGCUGACGGCACCAGUGAAUCAACCAGCGACAAAGACGUUUUCCUGCGGUUCUGGUGCGGCCAGCAUUGUCCUUUCUUUGCCGACAUCGGGCGCCGUUCCUGGCGAGAUCAUUGUUCCCACCUUGAAGGUCGAAAACGACUCCAGGGCUGACUUGAAUCGCAUCAAACUUAGAUUAGUGCAGUUCGUCACCUACAAGGUAAAGGACCAGAUGAGAAUUUUCACCAAGACCGUCGUCAAGGCUAGUCUAGACUCUGUCAAGUCUGGACAGUCAACCACCUUCAAUCAGUACGGUCUGAAGAUCCCACCUGUGGCGCCCUCAACCCUGAACAAGUGCCAAGUCAUCCAGUUGACUUACUACAUAAUUGCUUCCUUUUCACCAUCGGCCUUCUUCAGACGCAAGUUCCACGUCCAAGCUCCUCUGGUGGUGGGAACCGUUCCUCUGCGGAGAAACGUUUUCGCCCUUGGACCCUCAGCACCUGAUGCAAACCAGGCUCCUCCAUCCUACGAAGAGUGUGCGUUUGGUGGUCCAAACGUUGUCAAGAAAGCCCUCCUUGGGGAGAACUUUAAGCCCAAGUACCCUGUCUACCACGGCUAAAACUCGAGUCGACAUGUUUGUGAAUAAUUUUUUUCUAAAUUGCAAUUAUAAAAACAGUUUCCGGUGAUAUUUUUCAGUUAAGUAUUAUCAAAAAAUAUCAAAAAACAAUGUGGACAAAUAAACAGCAAUAAUAAUAUGUGAUUAAAAUUACGUAAAAGGCGAUUACCCUACCCUAUUAAUAUAAUCAUGUUAUUUCAAGCACAUUAUUGGGUCACUUUUGCUUCUUAUAACUUUACAGUAUUUGAUUAGAAACUUUUAUGAAAUAAAAUAUAUUUUUAUUAAUUUUAAUGCAGCACGCAGCAACAAAAAAUACAAAUAAUAUACACACGGUAAACAGGAUUUUUGUUCUUUACAAACAAUUAAGGCUAAUUUUGUUUAAAUUACAUAUUAUUAAUAUUUAAAUUCUGCGUGUCACCCAAAAUACACCUAAGCAUUGCUGAUUGUCAAGAAUUUAAAGUUAAAUUAGAAAAAACAAAAUUUAUUUGUAAGCCAUGUUAUUUUGGAAUUUUAAUUAUUGAGCUUGAAAAUUUUAACUCAUAAAUGACUAAAUUUCUAAAUUUCCACCGUCUGUUAUUUCUCGGUGCUGUUCAAUUAUGUCAUGGUCUGAUUGUAUUGUUUUCCUCUUCUAAUACGCUCCGCAGACAAAGGGUUAUUUUGGGGAUUUCGAUAAUUAUGGCUUUAAAAGUGCGGCGCGUGGUGAAAGGGCAACAAAGCAGCGAAAAGUGGCCACUGCUGUGCACGUGACCCCACCCGGCUCGUCUGACGUCUGCCUCGCAGGUGUUCACCACGUGUCCUGCUCGUCCACCCCCUGGACGGUUGUCAUUGACGAGUCGUCCUUAUUUGGCAACUGUGAACAGAGCCGAUGUUUCAUUCAGGCACCUAAAAAUACAUGAAUGAAGUGCUCAGUCCACGUCUCUUAACAAGUUCUGCGCAACCCUCUUUACUUUGUUCAAAUAAAUUGGUUAAAAAUAAAAAAUUGAGCCGU